AUGUCGAGACCCAGAAAUACGGCUACAGGCUUACUUGUCGAGGAGCGCAUCAAUGUCCUUCCACUUCCUUCUUCAACUGUGAAGAAAGAUGCUGCCGUUUGGGCUUCUGGCAUUUCCACUACUGAUCCGCCUACUACGCCGUCGUUGACUGGUGUCAUCUUUGCUUGCAAUGGGCGAAGUGCGACACUAAAUAUCUACGGCAAUCCUCCUUUGGAGAACAGUACCGUCAAAAGACAGGCCAUUAUUCCAAGUAUCGACGUCACCCGCGUCGCCGACUUCGUCAAGCAGCACGAGCAACAAUGCCUGACACCAACCCAUGCUCGAUGCCACCAAACCCUAAGCGGCGAACCCCUUAACAGAGGCUACAGACCUCCACGUCUCUGGAACGUCAAUACCAACAAGCUCGAAGAAGAUCCUCGUGAAAUGCAGGCUUCCUCAUAUAAUGCACUGAGCUACACCUGGGGCCGGCAGCGAGCCGUAGACCCGUGCUCUUUAUCUAUUGGUUUCAAGAUAGUCCAGUCGGCAUCCGAAUGCUUUACUUUUACCGUCCAUUAG